GCCUUGCGAAUGCAGCCCAACAUCGCGUGUCUUCGAUCUCGCAGCCAGCCUUACCAUUUACGUUAAUUGGCUUGCCUCUCAUAUACCUUAUCUUGCUCCCGAUAACACAAUGCUUUGUUCCCUCGUUUCCUAAACCAUUAAUUGUCCCACCUCUCCCAAAGUUAUCCUACAGUUAUUGCAAAAGUCGAGCCGCAAACUCCAUCACACGAAGUCGAGCGCGUUGUCGCAUCACAUCCCAUCACAUCGCGUCCACAUUCCAGACUCCUCACCAUGGAUCUCGACAUUGAAAUGGACGUCGACGACGUCCACAACCUGCCGGCUCCCACAAUUCCCGAGGCAUAUACCCAAGAUCUCGUCUCGGAGGAAGAACAGGAACCCGGCGAGGUAGAGGAGGCACCCAACCACGAAGACAAUGGCGACAUGGCAGACAAUGACAAGGCAGUGGUGCCAUACAAGGUGCACAUAAAAGGCCUCGACACAUUCAACCCGGACCACGUCAAGGGCUAUCUGGCAGAACACUACACCACGAGCGAACUUGGUCGCGUGGAGUGGAUCGACGACACAUCGGCCAAUUUCAUCUUCAAGUCCGAACACGCAGCACAGGAAGCCCUCGUCGCGCUUGCGGCCGUGGAGAUUGCCGACGCGACGCAGCUGCCGCCUCUCGAGGUGAUACCCGCCAAGGGCUUCUCGCAAAAGCCCGAGUCCACAUUACGCAUUCGAUUUGCUGUCGAGGGAGAUAGAAAGGCCGCCAAGGCGUCGGAGCGCAGCCGGUUUUACCUACUGCACCCCGAAUACGACCCGGAGGAGCGCCGACGCCGAGGCGAGUUUGGUAGGGGAAAAUACCGGGACCGAGACGACCGCCACCGGGACGACCGCUACCGGAGAGACAGGCGGGGCGACAGACGAAGGGACCCCCGCGAUGACGAGGAGCCCGAAACCUUUGACAUCAACUUCUAUGAUGAUGACCCGUCAGCCUUGGCAACACGCACGAGCGGAUCCUCACACCCGAGGCGGCGUUCAAUGUCGAGCUCUUCCGAUACCAGGGGAGCAGCCCAGCGGAAUCGAGAGAAGGAGCUCUUCCCGACGAAACUCUCCGGGGGUGGCCGCGGUUUGCGCGGUCGGUCAGCUUCGCCGGUCCGAGACCGCGAUGGGGAUGCCGAGAUGGAUCUGGAUGAGGAAGCGCGGUCAGCCGCGGCGUUACGCAGCCGGGAGAAGGGGCGUUCGAUCAAAGAGCGCCUGUCCCGGCACAACAACACCAAAGAGCUCUUCCCGUCGAGGGAGGACAACAGGGCGAGAGAACUGUUUCCCACCAAGGCUGGCUCAUCCGUCGGUAGCAGGGCACAGAUGGAUCAAGUCAGCGACACCACGGUUCUGGCAAGCGAUCGGAUUACCGCCCCUGGCGCGGGCGGUUUCAACAUACGCGGUAUCGCCGGCAAACGCGGUAACGACCAGGGCAUCGCCAUCAAGGGCACGGGGCCCACAGCCAAGGAGUUAUUCCCUGAGAAGUUUGGCGGUGGCAGCAACGCCAGCAAGGAGCUUUUCGCAGAGAAGAUCGAGGGCAGGGGCCGAAGGAGACAGAAAGCAGAGGACAUGUUCUAUUAG